AUGGCUUCUCCUUUUGCUCAUCCCAUCGCCUUCACAUUUAUCCUAGUUUCUGCUAUUGCUGCAUUCGCAGAUCCAAACAAUGUCAAGUUUUCAUCGUACCCGAAAACGCAGGCCGAGAAACUCAUCAGGGCACUCAACUUGUUCCCGGAGCAUGAACUGAACCGCGGCCCGGCGAUCGAUUCCGGUGCACGGGGAGUUGUCGAAAAGAGUUUCAAGUUCCCGUUCAUGGAGGAUUCUGCUUCUAUCCAGGACUUGGGCCACCAUGCUGGUUAUUACGCUCUCCCACACACUAAAGCUGCAAAGAUGUUUUAUUUUUUCUUCGAGUCGAGAAACAGGAAGAGUGAUCCUGUGGUGAUAUGGCUAACGGGAGGACCAGGCUGCAGCAGUGAAUUGGCCUUGUUCUACGAGAACGGACCCUUCCACAUAACCGACAAUUUGACCCUAGAAUUGAACGAUUUCGGAUGGGAUAAGGUCUCGAAUCUUAUAUAUGUUGACCAACCAGUAGGGACGGGUUUCAGCUAUACUUCUGAUGAGGACGACAUUAGGCAUGACGAGGAAGGUGUAAGCAAUGAUUUAUAUGACUUCUUGCAGGCUUUCUUCAAGGCACAUUCUGAGUUGAUAGGUAAUGAUUUUUACAUCACUGGAGAGUCAUAUGCUGGGCACUAUAUUCCAGCUUUCGCCGUUCGGGUUCAUCAAGGGAACAAAAACAAGGAAGGAAUUCAUAUUAAUCUCAAGGGAUUUGCAAUUGGAAAUGGACUAACAAACCCCGAGAUUCAAUACGGGGCAUAUGCUGAUUAUGCUCUGGACAAUAAACUGAUCACAAAAUCCGAGCACAGGAGCAUGAAUCGGUCUAUUUUGGAAUGUCAGCAAGCAACUAGGCUCUGUGGAGUUGAAGGUGGUUCUUCUUGUGUGUCGGCUUACAUGGUUUGCAAUGCAGUCUUCAACCGGAUAUUGCAACUUGCUGAUGGUGUAAAUUACUAUGACAUAAGAAAGAAAUGCGAGGGCAGACUUUGCUACGACUUCUCUAACAUGGAGAGAUUCCUGAGCUUAGAGUCGGUCAAAAGUGCCCUUGGUGUAGGUGACAUUGACUUUGUGUCUUGCAGUACGACCGUUUACGAUGCUAUGAUCACCGACUGGAUGAGAAAUCUUGAGCUCGGAAUUCCGGCACUGUUGGAGGAUGGGAUCAAAUUUCUCGUGUAUGCCGGGGAAUAUGAUCUCAUAUGCAACUGGCUAGGGAAUUCGAGGUGGGUUCACGCGAUGGAAUGGUCUGGGCAGAAUCAGUUUGUAGCAGCUAAGACAGUCACAUUUAGAGUGGGCGGCGCAGAGGCUGGGCUUCAAAAGGGCUAUGGGCCGCUAACAUUUCUCAAGUUUUUCAAUUCCGGCCACAUGGUUCCCAUGGAUCAACCCAAAUAUUCCUUGGAGAUGUUGAGGACAUGGAUGCAGGGCAAAAUUGUCUUUGACACAAGCUGGUGA